CACAAGUAUGUCGUCAAUACUGCUGAUAACUUUAAUCGUCAUUACCAAAUGUACCGCUUGUAUUUUGGCAAUAAUCUUUGCGUUUUUUCUUCUGUUGCGACUGUGGGUGGAACCUUUCAAAGGAAGGUGCAAGUGUAAAACUAAACUACACGGAAAAGUUGCUCUUAUCACUGGUGGAAAUUCUGGCAUUGGAUUUGAGACAGCUAAAGAUUUGGCGAAAAGAGGAGCAAGAGUUAUAAUAGCUAGUCGGAACGAUGAGAAAUCAGCAAAAGCAGUUGAAAGUAUAAAAAAAGAAACGGGGAACCAUAACGUUGAAUACAGACAACUUAAUUUGGAGAAACUGAAUAACAUCAGAGAAUUCGCCAAAAAAUUUAAUAACGACUUUGAUCGUUUGGAUAUUUUAGUUAACAACGCAGGCUGUGGUGAGUUCGGGAAAGGCAAUACAGAACAUGGAAUAGAUCUGCUGAUGCAGAUUAAUUACGUGGGUCCAUUUUUACUUACUCACUUGUUGCUGGAUAAACUCAUUAUCUCAAAGCCGAGCAGAAUUGUAAUAGUAUCGUCCUAUCUCCAUGCAUAUGCUAACAUUAUCCCUGAGGAGAUUACUGUUGCUAAACCAGUUAAUUUUUAUACUCGUUAUGCACGAACCAAACUUUGCAAUGUUUUAUGGGCCAAGGAAUUAGCUAAAAGAGUACCUGAAGGUAUCAUUGUAAACGCUUUACAUCCAGGUUUAGUUAUGACGAAUAUAUUUGAUACCUUCAAUCCGGUUAUAAGAUAUUUACUAUAUUUCAUUAUAUAUAUUCUAUUUAAGACUGCCGAGGAAGGUGCCCAAACGAUAAUCCAUUUAUGCGUAUCCCCAGACUCGGUAAACUGGACCGGUGGCUAUUAUCAAAACUGUAAAAAAGUUCAACCUUCUAAAAAAGUAGAAAAUAGUGAUUUAGCAAGAAGAUUAUGGGAUGAAAGCAUAUCAAUAAUAAAUAAAUACUGAUUAUGUGAAUACUAAUGAAUAUAUACCCAACACUGACGUAAGCUUUUUUUAUCCUGGAAAACUGUAGGGUUCCUAUGAGAUAGACCUUAAUUUAAUUUUUUUCACUUCCCCACUAUGCAAACUGUUUGUUUGUUG